GGGACGGGAGAGAGUGGCAAGAGUACGUUUAUCAAGCAGAUGAGAAUCAUCCAUGGGUCGGGCUACUCUGAUGAAGACAAAAGGGGCUUCACCAAGCUGGUGUAUCAGAACAUCUUCACGGCCAUGCAGGCUAUGAUCAGAGCCAUGGACACGCUCAAGAUCCCCUACAAGUACGAGCACAAUAAGGCUCAUGCACAAUUAGUUCGAGAAGUCGACGUGGAGAAGGUGUCUGCUUUUGAGAAUCCAUAUGUAGACGCAAUAAAGAGUUUAUGGAAUGAUCCUGGAAUCCAGGAAUGCUAUGACAGACGACGAGAGUAUCAGUUGUCCGACUCUACCAAAUACUAUCUUAAUGACUUGGACCGCGUUGCUGACCCCGCCUACCUGCCUACGCAACAAGAUGUGCUUAGAGUUCGAGUCCCCACCACAGGGAUCAUCGAAUACCCCUUUGACUUACAAAGUGUCAUUUUCAGAAUGGUCGAUGUAGGGGGCCAGAGGUCAGAGAGAAGAAAAUGGAUACACUGCUUUGAAAAUGUCACCUCUAUCAUGUUUCUAGUAGCGCUUAGUGAAUAUGAUCAAGUUCUCGUGGAGUCGGACAAUGAGAACCGAAUGGAGGAAAGCAAAGCACUCUUUAGAACAAUUAUCACAUAUCCCUGGUUCCAGAACUCUUCGGUUAUUCUAUUCUUAAACAAGAAAGAUCUUCUAGAGGAGAAAAUUAUGUAUUCCCACCUAGUUGACUACUUCCCAGAAUAUGAUGGACCCCAGAGAGAUGCCCAGGCAGCUCGAGAAUUCAUCCUGAAGAUGUUCGUGGACCUGAACCCAGACAGUGACAAAAUUAUCUACUCCCACUUCACAUGCGCCACAGACACCGAGAACAUCCGCUUUGUCUUUGCUGCCGUCAAGGACACCAUCCUCCAGUUGAACCUGAAGGAAUACAAUCUGGUCUAAUUGUGCCUCCUCGACACCGCCUUUCCCUUCCCUGGUGGGCUAUAGAAGCUGUACAAGAGGGACUGUAUUUCUGUGGAAAACAAUUUGCAUAAUACUAAUUUAUUGCCGUCCCAGACUCUGUGAACGUGUCCACAGAGUUUGUAGUAAAUAUUAUGAUUUUAUUUAAACUAUUCAGAGGAAAAACAGGAUGCUGAAGUACAGUCCCAGCACAUUUCCUCUCUC